AUGGAACAUGUCGUGAAGUGGAAGGCCAUCCGCGAUCAAGCGAUCAUCACCACAGGCACCACUCUCUACAUACCUCAGACGAUCUAUCAACCAUACACAGAAGCCGAUCGUGUCCGCUACAUCGAGAAAGCCGACCUUAAGGAACCAAUUAUCUUCAAGACAGCACACCCUGAUCAAUGGGGCAUAGCACUCGAGGAUGCCCUGAGAGCAAAAAUGAAAGACCUUCUCGAUAAAGAUGACAACAUGUUUGAGGACUGCGGUCCCUCAGUGUCUAUCCGGCUUCAGUGGCCUGGAUACCGUGCGUGGACAAAACAGAUCCCUACGAUGGACUUCAAAAGUCCGAAAGGUCCUAUCACAAGGGCCAAGUUGGCUAAAAACAUUGCCAACUGCGUGAAACGAUUCAUCGAAGAAAAAGAAAAGGAAAGAAUGGAAAUGGAAGCAGACCGAAGGUGGAGGGUCGGAACACGCCACAUCAGAAUGGAGGACCUAAUCUUGGUGUCCCUGCACCACAUCUCCAAAGGCAGUUGGCAACCUCAGCUACGUCUACGCACUCCACUGAGUGAAAUUCACCUUCGGCGUACCAAUCCAGUCCAGCCUUCCAGUGCAUAG